CUUUUUUUGAAGACCUUUUCAUCUACGUUGGCAACUAUGAGCUUCUCUGUAUACGAGUCAUAUGUAGCAUUGUGUAACAACGAACGUGUGAUAAUACAUGACAUUAAAAAUGGCACUGAAAACGUGAUAGUUUUGCCUAAUUUAGAAUCAGAGAAGAAAAUCGACGUGCACAAUAAUGUAGAUGUUGAGGCUUACCAUAUGAUAACAUCUCUGAUUUUCUCGGAGGAUGGAAGAUAUUUUGCAAUAUGCACGAAUCGUAAACAACUAUGUCUGUAUGAGACUAAGAACUCGAGACUCCUCUCGAAUCGGAUGCUUGUUAGAGCUGCAAGCAGAGUUAGAUUCUCAUCGAACAACGAUAUCGUGAUAGCCGACAAGGCCGGAGAUGCUUACUUAUUCUCCACCAGCUGUCCAAUGGAGACUGGUACCUUGAUCCUGGGACAUUUGUCCAUGCUCCUCGACAUAUGCAUCACGCAGGAUAUGAAGUACGUCCUGACGACUGACCGAGAUGAGAAAAUAAGAGUGUCUAUGUUUCCAAACUGUUACAAUAUUGUAUCUUACUGCUUGGGGCAUGCAAAAUUUGUGACCAAUGUCUCAGAAUUGCCUCAUCAGAAAAGUAUCCUAAUAUCAUCUGGUGGUGAUGGAGUAUUUAAGUUAUGGGAUUAUAAGCGUGGAAGCGAGCUGAUAUCUGUAAACUUUUGCGAUAAAGUAUCGAAAUGUGACAUAGAGAAAUUUAAUCAAGAUCUUCGUGACUAUCAUUAUGAUGAAUCUAUAGAUAUAUUGCCGGUCAAGCAUCUCAGAGUGUCUUAUCUUAGUAAAAUAGAAUCUUUAAUUAUAAUAAGUUUUUAUAAUAGUAAGUUACUGUUAGUUUAUAAGAUCAGUGGUAACAAUAAGACACAGCUAAAAGCAGAUUAUUUGGAAUCCAUAACUGUGGAAGCUGAACCUAUGGAAUGUCUUUUACAUAACCAAGAUUUAUGGGUAUUAACAGAUGCAGGGUUGCAAGCAUACAAAUUUGAAAAUGAUAGAUUCGUAGUUCAUAAUACUUUAAAUUCUGCAAUCAAAUGUCUCAAUAUGUCUUGGGAAAUUUUAAAAAAUACUGUUGUUAAACGAAAUUUGUAUUUUCCAGUUUUAUAUAAGAGAAAAUAUGAUAAUGCACAAGAAUAUCAAGAAAGAAAGAAAAUUAGACUUGCAAGCAAUAUAGAAUAGAUUAUAAUAUCAUUCUUACAAAUAUUAUAAAUACAAUGAUUGUGUUCAAUAUUUCAUAAAAUGUACAAAUAAACAAUUUGCAAUUCAAAGUUGAACUCGGAUAAAUAAAAGUCUAUAUUUUAUUCUAUACAUCAAUGAUAUUAGAAUCAAUUGAUAUUAUCAAUUGUAUCAUGUAAUUCGUUAAUGUUAAUGCUGAAUAAACUUUUAUAGAA